AUGAUAUCGUAUAAAUUUGAAAAUGCCUCCUAUGGACGAGUGAUUGAUGGUGUCCAUGUGAUCAAGGAUUCAUUAAGGAAAAAAUAUACAUUUAUCUAUCCUUGUAAAUCUACAUCCGAAUGCACAGACUAUAUAAUUGAUCUUUCCCCUGGAACGUAUCUAUUUGAGCUUUAUGGUGCUUCAGGCGGCUUUAGAAAAGAUGCAAUAAGUUCAUUCAUAGAUAAAGAUGGUGUUUGCCAUAAAAAUACAUUCGCUUCAUCGAAAGGUAAUGUCGGCUGCAAUAAGAAAGGCGAUCGAGGCGGUGCUGGUGGCUAUAUUUCCGGCGUAAUCAGCAUCCGAAAAACAUUAAGGUCAUAUGCGACUGUCGGUGGAAAAGGAGACUAUCGGUAUAACGAAAAAGUUUUGUCAGGCUCACCGAAUAACUACCUUCCUAAAAAUUGGGUCAAGGGUGGUUAUGGAGGCGGUGGCCAUGCGACAAACUGGUACUUCAGAGAUGACUUUUGGGGAACGGGAAGUGGUGGUGGCCAAACCGCUGUCAAAUUUGAACAAAACGAUCUUUGGCAUCGCGUAAUAGUGAGCGGUGCGGGAGGUGGAAGCGACAACUAUUCGCCAGUUCCGUUCGGAAAUGAUGAUGAUGGCUCUGGUGGUGCAGGAGGUGGCCUGGUGGCACAAGGUUUUUGGUUUAAUGGGAAAUAUGAUGGAAAUCGUGUUGCGAACUCUACAUUUGGAUUUACAUUUGGAUCGGGCGAAACAGCUCAAAAGGAUGGCUCCAAAAAUAAGAAGUAUGGUGUUCCGAAGGGAGAUGGCGAAUGUGAUAGAGCUGGAGCAGGAGCUGGUUGGUUUGGUGGCUUCGCAUCUCACAACGGAAAUGCAGGUGCUGGCGGAGGGAGCUCAUGGGCAUUGACAAUUGAUGCUAAAAUACCUAAAGGAGAUAUUGAAGCUCAUGAUUCUCUAUACAAAUCUCUUGGGAAGAAGAAAUAUGCUCUCACUCAAAAAGAUAAGUAUUUGUUUCAUGAUGUUGUAGAUAUCCCUGGAAUCUGGUCCGGAAAUGGUAAACUCAUUAUUACUGUAAUUGAGUUCAACCAUAUAUCAGUAGAUUGUGGUCCACUAUCUCAUUUUCAUUUUGUUUUGAUGUUGGGCUUCUAUUUAGAUGUUUCAUUCUAA